UAGGAAGGCACGCGUGAACGACGAUUAGUAGUAUAAAGUAGUACGUUGUUGUGGCAUUUACUCACUGCACUGUCAUCCUUGCUGAGAUACAGAUCGCCAGUUACGAUAAUACAGACGCAUGACCAACAUAAGGGGUGAUUUACGGAUUUUCACGAGUAAACAUUUACCCAGUUUGUCUGUGACGCACGGCAGGCACAUAACGCGUAGUAAGGAUCUGGAUUCUUCUUCUGAUUUCUAUCUUCAUCUUUGGAUAUGCAUCGUCGACGCAUGUUCAAUGAGUGAACGACGUAAAGAAUCGCCGUAUAUUAAUGCAGUGAGUUCUUGCACUUCCUAAACGUGAAACAUGAUGACAACGACCGGUAGUACUGUUUGCCUUCCCUUGCAAGUGACCGAUGUGGAACCAGAGCUGCUUUCGGGGUUCCCGCACAGCAAGCGCGUGGGCUGUUACAUGUUAGGACGGACUAUUGGCAAGGGUUCCUUUGCCAAGGUGAAAGAAGCGCUUCACACUCUUACCGGAGAGAAGGUGGCCGUGAAAGUCGUCAGCAAAAAGAAAGCAAAUGAGGAUGCUUAUGUGACUAGAAAUCUGCGCAGAGAAGGGAAGCUAUUGCAGUUAGCUCGCCAUCCCAACAUUAUACAGAUCUAUGAAGUUAUGGAAACCGAAAACAGCUACUACCUCGUAACCGAUAUGUGCACAGGGGGCAACAUGAUGGACUAUAUAUGCAAAAAUAAGAAGCUGGAAGAGCAAGAGGUGCGUCACUUUAUCCGCCAGAUGAUCAGCGCAGUUGAUCAUUUGCACCGCCAUGGCAUUAUACACAGAGACCUAAAAGUGGAGAACUUGCUUCUGGAUGAAAACAGGGACAUAAAAAUCAUUGAUUUCGGACUGAGCAACACACUGAAGGUGUCGACGGGCGAGGACGGGCAAACGAUAGUGCAGGAGUUCUGCAUCACACAGUGCGGCAGCCCUGCCUACGCCGCACCUGAGCUGCUGGGUCAUAGAAAGUACGGUACCAAGGUCGACGUAUGGAGCAUAGGGGUGAACAUGUACGCGAUGCUGACAGGAAACCUGCCCUUCACCGUUAGCCCUUUCAACAUUAAGACGCUUCAUGCAAAGAUGGUGAACAAGGAGAUGAACGCAAUCCCACAUCACCUCAGCCAGAGUGGCAGAGCCUUACUAUUAAAACUAUUGACACCAGAGCCCGCGGAAAGAAUCAGUCUCUCCGAUGCCAUGCGACACAAGUGGAUUAAUGAAACUCUUAUUAUUUCAGCAUUUAAUCAACCACUGAAGGCGGCGCCAUUCCCAAACAAAGUCAAAACCGAGGAUUUGAACUUCAGCGUUAUCAAGCACAUGGACGAAAACAUGUCAUUCGAUGUUAAAGAAGUCGUCAGCCAUGUUGUAAACAAUCAGGCGAACUCGGGAGCACUGGCAGUUUACACGUUGCUAGUUCGGCGGUUGCAGCGAUACCGUAACAGUCAUAAGAGCGAGGCAUCCCAAGUCUCUAACCAGAGCGUGGGUGCGUCACCAUCACGCUAUAACAAGUGUAUGGCACCAAUAGUCACGACCAAACAAUCGACGACAGUGCUUAGUGGCGAGCAGAAAGCAGCAUCCCCUGAAAGCAUUCUGCAAACACGGGAUGACCCGCAUCAAGAUGACAACCCACGGCCCAACGAAGAGGAGAAGGCACCACCUGAAACUUCUACUGCAGAAGUGAAAGGCGGUCACGGUGAUAUGGAAGUAGCAGCUAUGCCGGUGGGAGGCAACACGGGGAUGGGAGACGUUACGAUGGCAGAUGGCGAUGGAGACACUGGCAUAGGAGACACCCUGAAAAAGGCUGACAAUGGCAACAAGGCUCAAGACGAACUAUCUACUGGAGCAAGCACGUGUGACUAUCCUAUACCAGUAACUAAACCUGCUAACGCCAUUAAAGUCCCGCCGUCUUCAAUCGCCGACGACCGGACAAAAAAAGCCAUGGAAAAACUCAACAUACUAGUGUACGGGAAGGAAAAAGAGUAUUCGACAAAGCGUUCCGCAAGUUCAAUGCCAAAAGGCAACACCAUCAUACAGAAUACCUCUCUUCGCCGUGAGCUGAAGCCCGGAUCUGACUUGCUGGAUAAUAAAAUACUCACAAAUUUGAAAGGUAAGGACAAUGGCUACAGCGGUAAGGACAAUAAUGAAACCAGUGUAAAUAAAUUGGCAUCCGUUGGCUUGCCGUGGCGUCGUAAACUCAAGCCGUCCAUCCUGACGAACAACGUUAAUUCUAGAGUGUAUUUGUCGCGUACAAACGGCUUGGAGGUUGGUUACCUCACGAACCAUUUGAAGAACUUCUAUAACCGCCAACAACAGAAAAGAAAGAGCCGAACGCUGGCUAGGAAUUUCAACAUUAGCACAGACAAAGGCUGUAAAGUGACAGAUAAUCACAAGCUUCCGAUGAUGGUGGGAGUAAACGCCAAUAUGGUGGCGAAGCAAGUGAUCACACGCAUUGACACAAAGCGAGACAAGUCAGCUGUGGACAGAUUGGAGAUGACUGCAGCUCUCCGGAAUGGAACUAACAUUUUCCUGCAAAGCAACGAUCAGACUCAUGACAAAGUUGCAAAGAUGCCGCCGUGGAGGGCUACGCGGGAGAAGACGGGAAAGUCAACUAUAAAGAAUAAGUUACAAGAGCUCGUCGACAUGACGCAUAAGGGCCCUGAUACAGGCAAAUUGUCCGGUACCUCAGACUCUAAUAUCCAAGCCGUAAUCUUACCAAUUAUUAAGUAAACAGGUAUUUCCGUACGAAUACCUGUGCGCAAAAAUAUAAUAGUAAAAUUCCAACAAAAGUACGUUAUCAGAACUUGCAUGCACCAAAUUGUAAAUAAUCAAAAGUAAAACUCAGUGCAGAAUUAUUGUGUGAAUUGAUAUUGAAUACACGUGUACGACUAUUACGGUAAAAAUGAGCAGUAGGCCUAAUCUUGUUAUAUUCCUAUGAUACACAUAACUAUACAAACAUCAGCACUAUAUUGAAAUUAUAUUAUAUAUUGAAAUCAGAACCUGAAAUUGCUUUAUUAGAAAAUGACAACCAAAAUUAGCUAUAUGUACCUCUUUCCAUAUAAAUAAGUUUCCUGAUUAGAAGUCAUCUAACAAAGAAUGCUAAUCAUGCUAACCUAUUUAGAAAAAAUGUUACCUGCCUGUCACACGCCGCACCAUCAAGUGCAAAAUUGAUUUAGCGUUAAGAAAUUGUGUGCUGGUAAUGUAACUAUGCAUGCACACACGCACGCACACAACGUAACGUAUGAUAUCUGUAUCUUUUUAUGAGUCAUUAAUCUAGUAUUUUCUUCACAUGUGUAACGUGUCACACGACUUCAGAUCUGAUAACGUUAUAGUAAAAGGCUGUUGAUGCAGGACUGGGGCCUCAGCCAGAGAUAAGCAGGCAUCUGCAAUUCUCUGUUAACGAUUGGAUGGGAAUGCGAUGUCAUUGCAUUUAGCAUUAAAAAAGACAGGUAGCUUUAUUCUAUUACAGGAUGACAAUCGCAUAUAGAGCAAUGGCAAACAAUGCGGCCUGAACAUCUCUGCUCUCUGGUCCGUUUCACUAUUUCGGGGGGUUGGCUCCUGUAGUGGUCUGACAGCCGAUCAGUCCGAUAUCCAUAGAAUCAAGAGUGUAUAAUAUAUAAUCAGUAUAAUUAUUAUACACUUCUGAUAUAAUCAAUACUAGCUGUAACGCCGGAUCAAAACACAGAUAUACCCAAGUACUACAUGCAGAUUGCGUUACUACACUACUCCAAUAAUUAUUACUGGCUCACGUUAGAUCAUGUAGAUGUAUACAUCUGGUUAUAUAUAAUCAGGAGUAAAUCAUCUGAGUUUUGAAAUUCGUAAUUAUUUACUCCUGAUAUACUUAAAAGCAGUCUUUUACAAAUAUAUACAAUAUAUAAAUAUAAAUAUGUGUGUACAAUAUCAGAAAUGCUGUUGGAAAUUGUAUUAAAUACUGCGACAGAUUACCUACUACUAGAAUUUUCUGUAUAUUCUCUCAUUUUAGUUUGGAUUGUCAUAGUGGACUCAUCAAAUCUCAUCUAGAAAUAUUAUACAUGUAAAGGGCCGGGCACACUAGGCGAUUAAAUCGGGC